AUGGGCACGCGGCGAAUUGCUACAAUCUUCUCAGUCGUCAUUCUUGCGGCCGGACUCGCCGUUCGCUAUGCAAAGGACAGCGCGCCGAUCUGUCGCACCAUUCCCGGUGAUGCGGCAUGGCCGACCAAGAACGAUUGGGACGCCUUCAACAAGACGGUAGACGGGAAGCUCGUUUCCUCCAUACCCUUGGCUGCGCCGUGCCACUUCUCCUUCGUUGGCGGUGACGGAAGCAACGCGUCCGUUUACGACCAGAGUGUCUGCGAUGCUCUACGAAGUAACUGGUUCUCCGCGACAACUCACCUGCCCUCUUCUUCGUCGCCCAUGGCGUAUCCAUUUACCAACAACACCUGCAAUCCUUUCCUAGGGCCCGACGUUCCCUGCUCCCCAGGAUAUAUUGUGUCCUACACCGUCAAUGCCACCGAUGUGACGCAUAUCCAAGUUGCUCUCCAGUUCGCCCAACACCACAAUAUCCGGCUCGUCAUCCGCAAUAGUGGCCAUGACUAUCUAGGGAAAUCAACGGGAGCGUAUGCACUCGCAAUAUGGACACAGCAUCUGAAAUCCAUCGACCUGAUCUCCCAAUAUCAGGACCCAUCCUCAGAUUACCGGGGAACAGCCCUCAAAGUAGGCGCCGGCAUUCAAGGAGGCGAGCUUUACCAGUUUGCUCACGACCAUGGCUUGAUGGUUGUCGCUGGGAACUGCCCCAAUGUAGGCGUCACUGGCGGCUAUGUCCAAGGAGGGGGCAUUGGUAUCUUGUCGUCCAAGUUUGGCCUUGCUGCCGACCAAGUCUUGUCCUUCCAAGUCGUCACGGCGGCUGGAGACAUCGUUACCGCAGACCGAACCCACAACAAGGAUCUGUUCUGGGCUCUGAGGGGCGGCGGCGGCGGCACCUAUGGCGUCGUCCUCUCCAUGGUCAUCAAGGCCUUCCCGGACACGUUUUUCUCGACGGCCUCGUUGAUGCUGCCAAACACCGGGGACAACACAGAUAGUAUCUAUUCGGCUCUGGGGACUUUCCUACAGUCCCUGCCCAGCCUUGUCGAUGCCGGUGCCUGGGUAGUUUGGAUUGCAGCCCCGUUCGGAUUCAUGAUCUCGCCGGCCAUGGUUGCUGGCUUGCACCCGGCAGAGCUAGACGCGCUCCUCAAGCCAACUUUGGACAAGAUGGAUCAGCUGGGACUCCAAUACCAGUAUUCUUCUGCUGAAUAUCCCAAUUUUCUUGAGAGCUAUCGAUCUUUGGGGACCGUGUGGAAUGUGUCGGACUUCAACGCAGGCGGCCGCUUGAUCCCUCGCACCCUCGUGGAAGACGACGCCAGCACGGCAUCCCUCGUGGGAGCUAUCCGGGACAUCACCUCCCAAACAUUCAUGUCGGGGGUCUCUUUCAACGUCGCACAUUCCGUCUCGUCGCCCGAUGAGGUCGCCGCCAACCCCUAUUUCCGCAAAACCAUUUUCAGUGCUGCGAUUGGUACCCCCGUCAACUAUACCGACUGGGAGGCUAAUAAACGGGCGCAAGACAGCAUCACUCAUCAGCUACUGCCUGCCUUGGAGGCUAUUACGCCCGAUGGAGGUGUAUAUCUAAAUGAGGCUGACUUCCAAGCUCCCGAUUUCCAGAAUACCUUCUACGGAGAUCACUACCAGAGGCUGCUGUCCAUCAAGCGAAAAUACGAUCCAGAUAGCAUCUUCUACGCCGUGACGGCAGUGGGGAGUGAGUCCUGGGAGCAGCGUCUCGACGGAAGACUGUGCAAAAAGUGA